CAAAAAAAAAAAUAAGUUUCACAAAAACGGAACGGGCACGAGAAGACUGAGUGCAAAACUCUCGGAAUAAAAGAGCUUGCGCAUAGUUUGAAGAUGUCGAAGUAACCCAGUCUUCUGCGUAACAGACUGCAAUAGAAUAUGGCCAGCGUAAGAAGACUAACUUUAUAGGUCAUCAGCGCCCAUGUUCACCAGCGAUGAACUCAGCGUCGAAGCGAAUUGUUGAUUUGCACGAAAGCUGCUGCACGAAAUUAGGAGAAGGAAGACGAGAGCCUUCGUCCUAAACGGCUUGAGGCAAAGGGCACGCUGUACGAGUCUCUCCCACGAUUUAAGUCGACAUCCACGUUCGGGCGUAAUGCUCGAUGUGGUCGUUUUGAUUUUUCUGGCCUCUCUCCUUCUAUACGCACAGUUCCCGUCUCCGCUAGCUAUUUUCCUGCCAUUCCCCGCGUGAGUCCCAACCGAAAAAUCUUUUCCUUUGGCUAGUGACGCUUCCGGAGUUCCUCAUUUACUUACUUACAUUCCAUUGUGCGGUCGAAAAGAGCAAUUUAGCAGAAGACAAAGGUCGGAGUGUAAAUUUUCCGUGGGUUCCUUGAUUUCAAUAGUUACAGUGUGCUGUCGUAGGAAAAAAAAACAAACUUCUAUUAAACGAAGAGAUCCCAACGAUUUCAAGACAUAGUCAAGCUAACGUGUUAAGACGGAUGGCAGAUACUACGCGCAGCGGAAGUGGAUGAUAGCAAGAGGAUCAACAAAGCAGAAGUGAAAUAAAUAAGUUGGACAAUAACAGAGAAAAAAAAAUGGCACCGUUCACGAAGGAGUCGUUGCUUCUGUUUGUAGUGCUUGGCGUGGCUUUUGUAUCCCUAGGACGGACAGCUCAGAGUAGUCCAGAUCAGCAGAACCUCACAAGAGAAAAGAAGUACCGCCACCCAUGUGAUGCGCUUAGCUGUGGAGCAGGCACGGAAUGUGUGGUGAAAUCUGACCGAUCGGCGGUAUGUGAAUGCGUCAGGGAAUGUCGCGCGGAAACUGAUGACCGCAAAAAGGUCUGCAGUAACUACAACGUGACAUUUGACAGUCUCUGUCACCUGCACCAGAUGUCCUGUUUUUGUCGACAGGAAGCAGAGGGCUGCUUGAACGAGACCUAUGAGCAUCUUCAUGUAGAUUACUUCGGUAGCUGUCGAGAAAUCGGAAAGUGCUCCGAUAGCGAAAUGGCCGACUUCCCAAGACGCAUGCGCGAGUGGCUGUUUAACAUCAUGAAGGAUCUCGCGCGUCGUAAGGCGCUCGAUGCUGAAUACGCGAAACUCGAAAAGGAAUCCGAGCAAGGCCAGGGAAGGCAAUGGGUGAACGCUGUUAUCUGGAAAUUCUGCGAUCUUGAUGUUGAGCCAGAGAAUAGGGUGGUUUCUCGACACGAGUUGUACCCCCUGAAAGCACCCCUUCUUGCCAUGGAACACUGUAUCGCACCAUUCCUUGAUUCCUGCGACACCGACGAAGACCAUCAGGUGACGCUGAAGGAGUGGGGCACAUGUCUUGGCCUGAAGAUAGAUGAGAUUCAACACAAGUGUCACCGAAUGCAUCACGGCAAAACUUUCUAAAUGAACCAGCGUACACACGCGCAAAUGUGAAUAAAUCCACCUUACAUGAUAAUUCCAAUAAUAUCGGCUGAGCGAGGAUGAAAUCAUAUUCUAUCAAGCCAAAUUCAACAACCUGGAAACAAAACUUCUAUCAAUACUCCUCAUCAUCGAUCAUCACUGCCUUGGCAUUUAGCUAGAAGUGAUUCGCGGUAACGGUAUUCAUCUACUAGGCAAUUGCGAGCCAUCUUUGAAGUCAAUGCCUUUUUUUCUACUUUAAAAAUCUUCAUUCAAGAAAAUAAUAGAAAUCAAUAAUGCUAAGACAGCAGUCUCGGUCGUAGCCGUGAUUGGGCAUGAAUGAACGUGUAAUCUCGAAGCUUUUCUUGGGCUGCGUCGUAUCUCAUUCCCUGAAUCUCAAAGUAGAUGUUACAAGCAUUGGAUUAAGUUGACUAUAUAUGGAUGCUGCUACCAUCGAUUGGGUCGUAUUUAAAUUAAAGCUACUUCUGCUUACUUCA